AUGUUUGGACUUUUUUUUCUUAUUUUAUUCACCCCUGGAGUCAGUGAAUUCCUUUGUACGUCAUCAGAUCUAGACAUAUCAUAUGCUUUUUGUGAUUCUACAGCUCAUGCUUUCAUGUUUAAUCUGACACCUUGCAGCCUCAUGAACAAAUCCGUCUGGAAGGCUGCUCUUACCUGGAUUCCAAGAAGUGACAUCACCUUUUUGAAGAUCGUCUUCAAUGUCUGGUACAAUGGCGACAAAGCAUUGCACUGGCAAGAAAUCCUUUGCAGCGGAGCCGACGAUGAAUACUCAGUGUGCGGAAUGCUGAAAGGAGAAACAAUUGCAACAGAUUUUAACAUUAAAGGUUCAAGAAUAAAGUUUCCAAAGGGCAAUUAUAAUGUUAUUUUACAAGGAUUCUCUGAUGAUUCUGAGAAUAAUGUCAUCGUGUGCUUGAAUUUCACCAUGAUAGUAAAACAAGAUGGUUUUUGA